AUGCCGCCACGCGAAGCUCCGCACCCAUGGAUUCCGCCGUCCAGACCUUGGUCACGGGUUCAUCUCGACUACGCGGGACCUUUCUAUGGACCAAACUUCCUAAUGGGAGUGGACACUUACUCACGUUGGCCGGAGGUCACACAGAUGUCAUCGCUCUCCGCAACAGAGCUCAUCAAACAUUUGCGACGGAUGUUCGCUACUCACGGACUUCCGGAAGUGAUUGUCACAGACAAUGGCACACGCUUCGCGUCAGCCGAGAUGCGAGAAUUCACGAAACUAAAUGGGAUUAAACACGUCUUCACGCCAGUCUACCAUCCAGCUUCUAACGGCUCCGCAGAACGCAUGGUACAGACCGUCAAGUCUGGUCUUUCAAGACUGCAAGGGAGCGACUGGGAAUGUAGACUGUCAAGGCUGCUAUUUUCCUUGCGGUCCACCCCGAGUGCCACAACCGGAAAGGCACCAGCGGAAAUCAUGUUCGGGCGCCGCCUUCGAGUUCGAAUUGACCUGCUGCGCCCUACUAACGACGAUCGACAACAGAACCUAGAGUUGCCUAUGGCGACGCGAUGGUUUAACAGAGGUGACGCGGUGUUCGUACGAAGUUACAGAGGGGCAGACAAAUGA